CCUUGCCUCACUUUGCCUCUUUACGCGCGGCUCUCUAGUCUCGCCUCUCCGCACAGGUAGCCUAUAUUUAUUUUCGGGGGCAGUCUAAAACAUUAAUCGGAGGACAUUCCCACUGAAAAAGGACACGGGAUGCGCACACACUCGCACGCAGGCUCGCUCCAGAGGUGCAGUAGCCCUGACGUACAGACCGAGGGAGUAAACAUGGCGUCAGACGGAAUGGUGCUCACAAACCACGACCAUCAGACCCGUGUGGGAAUCCUGACAGUGAGUGACAGCUGCUUUAAGAACUUGGCCGAAGACAGAAGUGGAGUGAAUUUGAAGGAUCUGGUCCAUGAUCCCUCUCUGCUCGGGGGAGUCAUAGCCGCCUACAAAAUUGUCCCCGAUGAGAUCGAUGAAAUAAAGGACACUUUGCUGGAGUGGUGCGAUGAACAUGAGCUGAAUCUUAUUCUCACGACUGGAGGAACCGGCUUCGCACCAAAAGAUGUCACUCCCGAGGCGACCAGAGAGGUGAUAGAGAGAGAGGCUCCAGGAAUGGCUCUGGCUAUGUUAAUGGGAUCUCUCAAUGUUACACCUCUGGGCAUGCUAUCCAGGCCUGUGUGUGGCAUUCGUGGUAAAACUCUGAUCAUCAACCUCCCAGGGAGCAAGAAGGGCUCCCAGGAGUGUUUCCAGUUCAUCUUACCCGCUCUGCCCCACGCCAUCGACCUGCUGCGUGAGGCCAACGUCCGGGUGAAGGCCACACACGCAGCCCUGGAGCAGCUGCCCUCGCCCCUGUCCAACACCCACAACAACGCGCACAACAGCACCCACACCAUGGAGAGGGGCACCCAGUGUGAGGAAGAGGAGGAGGAGGAAGAGGAGCGCCGCCGAGGAGGACGCCACGCGCACAAUCACCAUCACCAUCACCACCACCACCAGCACGGCUCCUCCCACAUCACUGCUGCCGCCAUCGCUGCAAAGACCAGUCAUGCUGUGGUUAUGGCUAAGGGCGCCCCCUACCUGCCCGGCACCACACCUGCACCCACUCAUUUUACCUGCUCCUGUAACCACGACGACCAGAUCCCGGAUUCGAUCAUUUCGCGAGGCGUUCAGGUGCUUCCUCGAGAUUCGGCCUCUUUAAGCUCCACCCCCUCUGAGUCUCCACGGGCAACACAGGCCACCUCCCGCCUGUCCACCGCCUCAUGCCCCACCCCCAAGGUUCAGUCUCGAUGUGGCAGCAAUGAGAACAUUCUGAGAGCCAGUAAGUUCAGUCACAGUGCAGUGGACAUCAGUAAAGUAGCGCGUCGUCACCGUAUGUCCCCCUUCCCGUUGACGUCGAUGGACAAAGCGUUUAUCACUGUUCUGGAGAUGACGCCCAUUCUGGGGGUCGAGGUCAUUAACUACAGAGAUGGUUUGGGCCGGGUGCUAGCUCAGGACAUCUAUGCCAAAGACAACCUCCCUCCAUUUCCUGCUUCUGUAAAAGACGGUUAUGCUGUACGAGCUGCGGAUGGCCCUGGAGACCGCUUCAUCAUGGGGGAGUCUCAGGCUGGACAACAGCCCACUCACACCGUGAUGCCGGGUCAGGUGAUGAGGGUGACGACAGGAGCCCCGAUCCCGUGUGGUGCUGACGCUGUGGUCCAGGUGGAGGACACAGAGCUGCUGAGAGAGUCUGAAGAUGGCACUGAGGAGCUGGAGGUGAGGAUUAUGGUCCAGGCUCGACCCGGACAAGACAUCAGGCCCAUUGGUCAUGACAUCCGCAGAGGGGAGUGUGUUCUGGCCAAAGGGACCCACAUGGGCCCCUCUGAGAUCGGGCUCCUAGCCACAGUCGGGGUCACAGAGGUCAAGGUGCACAAGUUCCCUGUGGUGGCUGUCAUGUCCACUGGAAACGAGCUGCUGAAUCCAGAGGACGACCUUCAUCCUGGAAAAAUCCGAGACUCAAACCGCUCAACUCUUUUGGCCACGAUCCAGGAGCACGGAUACCCCACAAUCAACCUGGGCAUCGUGGGAGACAACCCCGAUGACCUGCUCUCAGCUCUCCACGAGGGCAUCAGUCGUGCGGAUGUCAUCAUCACCUCAGGAGGGGUGUCUAUGGGAGAGAAGGAUUAUCUGAAGCAGGUCUUGGACAUUGACCUUCAUGCUCAGAUCCACUUUGGACGUGUCUUUAUGAAGCCAGGUCUUCCUACUACCUUUGCCACUUGCGACAUUGACGGAGCUCGGAAACUCAUCUUUGCUCUGCCAGGAAACCCAGUGUCUGCUGUGGUCACUUGUAAUCUCUUUGUUAUUCCUGCUCUGAGGAAGAUGCAGGGAAUUCUGGAUCCUAGACCUACAAUUAUUAAAGCUAGGCUUUCUUGUGACGUGAAGCUGGACCCCAGACCAGAGUAUCAUCGCUGUAUUCUCACCUGGCACCACCAGGAGCCACUGCCCUGGGCCCAAAGCACAGGUAACCAGGUGUCUAGUCGGCUAAUGUCGAUGCGAAGCGCCAACGGUCUGCUCAUGCUGCCCCCAAAGACGGAGCAGUACGUGGAGCUGCAUAAGGGAGAGGUGGUGGACGUCAUGGUCAUUGGACGGCUAUGAUGCAGAUUUAAAUGUCACUCGCUACCGAUUACCAUGGCAGUGCCAGGACUUCCUGUCUGGACAGGAAACGGGCGGGGACAGGAAGUGAUGCAUGUCUACCUGGUCGCCAUUAGCUGUGAUGUCAUAUGCAACAGCCAAUCGGAGCCAGCGGAGGCUGAAUCCUCUUUGGUCUGCUCUGAGGAGAUCACUGUAUUUCAAUGGAGAAAAUGUGAAAAAAAUAUAAAAUAUGAGAUUUAUUCUGUAAUAUUAUUAUUAUCCUGAUGAAAAUUAUUAUGGUUAUUAAUAUUCUUAAUUAAUAUUCUAUUUAUUAUUAUUAUCAUGGUUCUGAAUAUUCCCAUCUUAGUAGUAACAUUACCUCUUCCUAAUCAUUUGCUUUGUGCGUCCCCCUUUCCCGGUAUAGAUAUAGACAUAUAGACCCUCUUUCCUCUACUCCUGUUAUGUUUCUCUUUCUUCUCCCUUUUACUUGACCUUGAUUUCUGCCUUUGCGUCCUUGUAUCCAGAUAAAAAAGACUGUGGUUCCCCCUCCUCCCUGCACUAUCGCCACAUCCGUCCUGGGACACUCAAACCCUUGACAUUUUUACCGAUAAUCUACUAAAGAAUAAGGACUUUUCUGUAUCGAAGCUGCUGAACGUGUGUGCCACAAGUGAGAAAAUGACUAUUGCCAAAAUACACGGGGGAAACCGCGAGCGAUCACAGUAUGAAGACCUCUCAUGACUCUCCAAGAAGCCAUGGCCUGUCCGUGUUGGUUAGUGGUUUAGCUUUAACACAGUGAGGAGCUAGGAAGUAGGAAAUAGGAGCUAGGAGGUAGGAUGCAUCACAGGUUUACAAUCUUAAAACCUUCCUCAGUAUAUUCGCAGUCUCUCUCUGGUUUAAAACAAGUGUAAUUCUUAACAUGCAAUUUAGUCUGUUCUAAUUAUUGAGUUUGAGUUUUUCCACUGCAAAAAUUAUGAUCUACAUGAGUUAAAAUGACUUGAAAUCAGAAUAUAUUUUUACAUUUUUUUCAGGAAAUUUGCUUUUUUUUUUUUUUUAUUAACUUUUUCCAGAAAGAGAGUAAAACCAUUUCCACUAGCUUGAAUAAAAUCUAUAAUUUCUUACCCCAUAUACUAUUGCUUUGAAGAAGGAAAAAAAAAUCAUAAGAAACCAGUCAGUUGGAAUGUUCCGCAGUAUGGCAUUAACCCUACUGUAUAUAUAUUGCAUUCAUUCUCUUACAGGUUUAUUAAUUGCCAAAAUCUGACCUGUAACUUCGCCACAUGCUUGUCUAGAUACGUUUAAAAUAGAUACAUUUAAUGCCAUACUGUGGAAUAUUCUAAACAAAGCAAAGACAAACCCAUGGAGACAAGCUGGUAUCAGACUCUCCACCAAAAAAGUACAUAUUGCUGCUUUAAUGACAAUCCUUUUCUGUAUAUUGAUUCUAGAAUACAAUAAUUAAGGCAAUAGAAUCAAAUCAAGUCCUUCUAACUCAUGUAUUUAAGUUUGCAUAGUCAGGCUAGUUUUGGUAGCGCAUCCCCCAAACCAUGCAUUAUGGUGGUGUUUCAUUUUUAGGAGUUUAAAGUUUACACGAAAGAAAACAAACAAAAAAAACACCAUUCUCGACCAAUUGAACUUCCUCUCCUGUGAAAUACCACUCAGUACCAUGAAGACUCCAGGAAUCGUGUGGCCUGGUAAUAAAGGGACACUGGUGCUGUCUGAACGCCCGUGCACUGCAAAAAAUAAUGUCUAGAUCAGUUACAAUGAUUUGAAUUCAGAAUAUUGAUUUCAGUAGUUUUUGUAUGUAUUAGUUAGUUAGUGUUUUUGUAGACUUAUUUCAAAAUUUCCAAAUAUUUCUGACUGGUUUCAAUAUUAAUUUGUGUGGGCUGUGUCACUUUUCUGUUGAAAGGUCUGCCACGUGAUUGUUGUCACCAUGGAGAUGCAGUUGCUUUGCCUUGAAUGUUCUACACUAUGGAAAUAAACUUGGUCAUCAUAAUGGAGACAAGUUACUAGUCAGGUCUAUGGAGAAGCAAGUCUGCCCAUAGUAAGAAUUCAUGUUUUUCAAGGUAUUUUUGAGCUAUGAAACACCUGUUACUGAAUACAAGCAAGGGAGAAACGUUCAGUGCCAUAGUGUGGAACAUUCUAUGCAAAGAAAUAACUCCAUGGAGACAAACAAGUAGCCGACACUCCACCUUAAAAGUUACAUAGUGCAUCUUUAAAAUAUAUAUAGUGUAAUUAUCAUAGUUGAAAGUUUGCUUCAAUUAAAACUAAAGCCAGUCAAAUAGUUUAGUCAAGGACAACUAUUAGACUAGUUUUAAUAUAUUUCUCGAUAUUUUUCAUAAUUAUUUGUGUUUUCAAGUUUCUUAGAAUAAAAAAAAUUACAUUUCUUGAUCUUUUCAUUGACAAACAUUUACUGGAAAUAGUCCAAUAGUCAAAAUCAAUUAAUUUAAUCAAAGGCAAAUAAGUUAAUUAAUCACACUUUUUUUUAAAAAAAGAAAAUUCAACUUAACUCUGGCAAACUUUCUUAUGUUAUUGACUGAAAAUCUUGCUGGAAAUAGUACUAAAACCAGUCAGGAAUAUUUUGAAACAAGCAAACUUAUCUAAAACAAGUUAAAACAACUUAAACAAGAUAAAUAUUCUGAACUCAAGUCAUUUGAACUCUUAUAGAUAAUAUUUUACAGUGUAGUACAAGCUGUGAAUAAAGUAAAGUGAAGACUGGGAAAUCUUGAGAUGAAAUUAUUUGCACUACGGGACAGGAGUUAGUUUUCUGCCUCUUGUCUUUUGCGAAAAACAAACUUAGACUUUUGAAAAUCGAAGCUCCCCUCUCGAGGUACAUUUUGGGCCUUAACCACUCCUGUAGGGAUGUCACGAUUACGAAUUUUUGUUUUAGUUAAUUAUCACUGUUAGAAUCAUUAUUAAACAGAAAUAUUUUGAUUUUAUUACUCUCACUAUAUACUAUAAACUUUAAAUUAUGCUGUUUAAUAGAUCAGGGGUUUCCAUAAUAUAUACAUAAAGAUGAUUACAAGAUAUCAUAUAAAAAACUAACAAACGUUAAACCAGAUUUUUUUUGUUUUUAUUUUUGAUUAUUACAAGCGCUAAAAACAUUUAAAACUUACUGAAAUUGAGUAGUAUUUCUUUUUGAACCCUUGUAUUAAUAGCUCUUCAUACUCUACCUAUUCAUGGAUUUCAAGUUAUGGAAAAUGUUCACUGUUGCCAUAGCAAUUAACAAUUCAAAAGAAAAUGUUAAUAUCUGUUCUUGAAAAGUCAAAAGUCCUCAAAAUGGCGAUGUAAUGUAACUGAAACACUUGAAUUAAUGUAACCAACCUAACUCAAACUUUUUAUUUUAGUUGGA